GUUAUCUGAAAUGUCCGAGCCCGACACCACAUCGAACCGCUUUGCCGGCAAGGUAAGGCAAGCGGAAGAUCCAACGGAGAAAACCUUGCGAAUCAAAGUCAAUGCGUUAAAGCGCACAAUAAAAGAUCUUGUGUACGCAAAGAACGAAGUUGAUCGUGAGACAGACCGUCUCGAAAAAAUUCGCAGCAAUGAGCCCGAUCGCGUUCCACAGCAGGAGAAGGUCCUUGAUGAGGCUCGGAUGAUGGUUCCACAUUCUGAAAACCGUAUAAUGUCCCUAGUGAAAGACCUUUCUGAUUUUCUUGAGAAAGAAAGUGGUAGCGUUUCCAAUGACGAGCUUGUGGAACUUGCUCGCGCAACUAUCCUUGAAGGCCAAGCUGCAGUAUCGUAA